AUGUUCUAUCGAAUUCACAGGCUGAAACUCCUCACAUACAACCGCCUCUGGUACCCUUUCGGCUCUCUUCCAGGCGUGCGAGCUUCAAAUCACCAAGACUCGGGACACCCAUGUCUUCUGAACAAGCCAUCAAUCAAAAGGAAGCUGUUCUGUCAAACACCCACUGGAGCUCUCACUUAA